CAACAACACACACGCAUCUGCUGAGUGAUGCUUUAGGUUAGUCAAUUUGCUGCAAAGUAUUGGCACCCCCACCAAGCAGUAUAAAAGGUUAUACCGCUGGGUAGAGGGGUGCCAAUACUUUGUGCAGUGCAACAGACUAAUGUACGUGCCCUAUAUAGUAGGAAGGUCUAACAAAUCAGCAUGUUAACCGAUAAGGCCACGUUAGUCAGUUUGCAUUCACGUGAAUAGAAACCGAAAGUAAAACAUACUCGAGACAUCAGAAAAAUCACAGGAAUUAUUCUUUUCUCGCCAUGAAUCCGCAGGUUGUGUUCGCCCUGGGUGGACCCGGAGCCGGAAAAGGAACCCAAUGCUCCAAAAUUGCUGAGCACUACAGCUACACACACCUGUCCGCUGGUGAUCUGUUGAGAAAAGAGCGCAGCCGAACAGACUCUGAGUUCAGCCAGAUCAUCGACAGCUGCUUUAAACGGGGAGAGUUCGCCCCUGUGGAGAUCACCAUCACCUUACUGAGAAAGGCAAUGGAGGAGACCAUGAAGACCGGUGAGAACAAGUUUCGCUUCCUUAUCGACGGCUUCCCUCCAAACGAGGAUAACCUGCAAGGCUGGAUGAAGGUCAUGGAUGGCAAAGCAGGUGUCAAAUUUGUCCUUUUUUUGGACUGUAGUAAUGAAGUUUGCAUCAACAGGUGCCUAGAAAGAGGGAGGACUAGUGGAAGGGAUGAUGACAACAAAGAGAGCUUGGAGAAAAGGAUCCAGAUGUACCUGCGGUUCACGCGGCCGAUCAUAGAGCGUUACGAGAAGCAGGGAAAAGUGCGCACUGUCGACGCCUCACGCUCCCUCAAUGAGAUCCAGAAGCUUUCUGAUUUGCUGCCUUUCUUGAUCUGCUGUGCAGGUCUUUGCCGAUGUGAAGUCAGUCUUCGACAGAGAAGGAUGAUCCUGCUGACUUUGCCCUGAAGGACUUUCCUUAAUGUCGACGACUCUAUGAGUAAUUUAUUUACAUGUUUACUUUUUUUUUUUUUUUUACAAAUUUACACAUAUUUUUUGUUUGUUUAAGAGGUGACUGCGUGUAUGUGUGUGUGUGCGUUCCUCUCUUAAUAAGGAAUAUUACUGAGAGGAACAAUAUUCCUGUAGAGCAGUAAAGUCUAAAGCACAUCAGAGUUAAAGCACAUUUAAUGGUAUUAAGUACUAUUAGUACGUUUAGUCCUCUUAGUUUAAUAAAAUUUGGUGUUUUAACGGUGGUCAUACGUAUAUAAAUACACAUUUAUAACAGUUAUUAUUACUAUCAACUAUGGAAAAUUUAUCACAAAAAUCAUUUAUUUCAGGUUAUUGUUGCUAAAGGUGGUGCUACGUGUUACUCAUUUAUAGGGUGUACUUAUUUUUUCUCACCAGGUUUCUGAAUGUUGGUUUACUUUUUGGUUACAUAUUGAAAUCUGGUGUUUAUUUAUUCAUUUAUUUAUUUAUUUAUUUUUAUAGACAUUGUUGAGGACCACACAAAUGUUAUUUAGGCCCUGAUAACUAAAAACCGAGAAUUGAAGGAGGGUGCACUUACUUUUUCCCAUGACUCUAUGUAUUAUAUAGAGCAUUUUAUUAUAGAUUAGUUCCUAAAGCCACGUUAAAGUUAAUGAGAAACGACAUCAGUCACUUCAUUUCCGGAUUUGUGAUUGGCCCUGAACACACCUGGGACAGCUCUGUAAGAGUUUCAUCAUCAUCAUCAUCAUAAUAAUAAUAAUAAUAAUAAUAAUAAUAAUCAGCUAAUCAUUUGGAUCAGGAGUGUUCAAUCUCAGGAAGAUGAGGACUGGAGUUAAGAACCCCUGAUCUAAUAAUUUGCAAUGAAUCAGAUUAUUUGACUCAAUUCACCAGUAAGGAGUCAACUCCCAAACGGUUCAUUGCUAUUGUUUUAAAAGCAGCCAAUUAAAGCGAUCAUUUAAAUUCUUCCGCGAAAUCCGUCUCUACCUUGUGAUUAUUAAAAGAGCAUUACAGGAGGCUUUGCAUUGUGUUUGUUAUAAACUCAAACACAACUUAAAUAAAUAUAACAACAACAAAAAAGCCAUAUUGGAGCUACAUAUACUGUAUAUAUGAAUAGACAUAAGAACUUUUCCACUUGCCUGUAUUUGUAUUUUUAUAGCCUACUUGCAUUUAUCUUUCAUAAAAGUAUAUAAUUUAAAUUAGAUUCCUGUCGAUUUAAUCCGAUUUGCAAACGCACAUUUUACGCAUCUUAGUAGAACUGACUCUGAAUCAUUACGCUGUCACAAACGACUCCGAUGAUUCACUGGAUGUGUUUUGGAUCUCUCCAUGUAAUUAAUGGCAAUAAUGAAUUAAUGAACUGUAAAUAUGCAUGUAAAUAUAGUCUAGAUGGAAAUAUAUUCUGUCUCCCAACUUUCAACUGAAAGAGCCAAUUCAAAGAGUUGACUCUUUCGUGAACGACACAUCUCUAUAAACUAAGUGAACUAAGCAAAGGUAAACGACUUAAUCUGUUUCUUGUGCACAUUAAAAACACUCAUUAACAUUAUAGAAUAGAUUUUAAUACCUUUAUAAAGCAGCAUUACUACAAACAGCUUGAGGAAUAAAUUAUAUUCCUCCUAAUGCAUUCUUACAUUAUAAGCCAAAAUACGAUAAAACUACAAACUAUAAAAACAAACAUGAAUUAAUUUUCAU